AUGUCGGAUCGCCGUUCUCGCUUCGGUCAUGGUCGACACCAAUCAAAUUUUCCUGGCGGGAUACCGCAAAAUGACACUCCUCGCGGUCGGAAUAGACGACAGGAGGGACGUAGGCGAUUGCCUAAUCAAAACAGAAACCGACUUCGUUCGCGGAGUCCUCCUCGCCGUCGUGGACGGAAUCAGUCUCACCGACGCGCUGGAUCAUCUUCUGGUCGGAGAGCCGGGGGAAGGGGCAUUCGCACUGGGACCGGCGACGACGACGGAUCACAGUCGCGGCGCAGUCGCUCCCGCAGCUCUCGUGGCGACUCGGUGCCAGAAGAACACGAAAGACCCGAGACAGGGAGGCCUCAGAAUGGGCAGACCUUCAAUUACGAGGAGGUCAUGAAAUGGCUGAUCAGAGAGAAGCCCGAACCCAAUCUGCCUGGACUCGACCAUGAAGCUUGCAAGAAGUUCAUUACGGUAUGUAGUGGUAUUGCCGACGACCUCGAGAAGGAAAUUUCCGUAAUCCGCAGAACAGUGGCCACUUUUAUUGAAAGCCGGCCGGAGAUUAGGGGAUCAAGAUUUCUUCUUCACGCGUUUUGGUUGCCAGUCUUGCAUGUCCUCGCUGUGGACCCACCUGCUCAACGAAGCGUGAAGGGUAUGCAUCUCUUUACCUGGCCGAAUGUGGAGCUACAGUAUUGGAGAGGCAGAGAACUUUUCGCAGAGGAAUAUCCUCAAGUCGUCCAGGCCAUGAACUGGUGA